AUGCAAGUCAUGACUGAUUGCCCUGGCUCGGCACUUGUACUUGAGCCUCGAGAUGAACAAGGCUGGGACAACACACACAUGAUUGCCUUUGCGGUGGAGGAGAGCCUGUUCAGUUAUCCGCUCAGCCUGGCUCAGUUGUACGUCCUGGCACGGCACGUCUUUUUUGCACAGCCCUUACGAUACUCUCUCCAUGGUAUACUGGUCUACGGCGAUGUUGUGGAACUUUGGGUAUUUGAUCGGAGUGGCAUGUACUGCUCUGAGCCAUUCUCAUUGAGGGACGAUUAUGCACUGCUAGUCUCCAUUGUUCGUGUAUAUGCGAAUAAGACGGACGAGGAGCUUGGAGUUGGCGCGGUUCUUGCCAAAGAUGACGUCGGAAAUUACAUCGCUGCUGCUGCUGCUGCACAUAACCGAAGAUUAUAUCUUGAGGAUGAAGCCUUUGUUGAUCGAGGCAAGUUCUUUGGUGACGGACUGCUUUGUUACCGGGCAAAGCAUGCCAAUCAAGACGACUGGACCCAUGUGGUCAAGCUGAAAUGGCGCGAUGCCAAUAACAAGCCAGAAGAAGAUGUCUUUAACUAUAUUCAGAGUAAAAUGUGUCCGGGUCGAUCUUCGUUGCAGCCUCCGUCACAACGCUGCAAGGACCUCUCCAGCGACCCAUUACAUGAGGACCCCGGUAUCAAGGGUCUACUUCGGUUUGCCAAGGAGGGAGAACAUUUCUUCACUCCUCGCAUCCUCACCCAUCUCGUCUUCACUCCGCUGGGCCGACCAUUGCACACGUGGCGGAGCAUCUUGGAGCUACUCACGGUUCUAUGGGACGGCAUCGAGGCACACCGAUCCCUUCUUUGGGAUCCACAUGUCUUGCAUCGAGAUAUUUCUGGCGGAAACAUCAUCAUCAUCAUUAGAUCUGCAGGUGGCACAUCGCAGGGCGUACUGAUUGAUCUCGACCGCGCAAUGAAUCUUGACAUAGAGCAUCCAAAGGGCGGGCAUUUUACAGGGACGCGGCUCUUUACCGCCAUUGGUCUCUUGACUUCUGAUGCGCACACAUACAGACAUGACCUCGAGUCUUUCUUCUACCUCUUCAUAUGGCUCGUUAUCUGUCAGGGGGAAGAGCAUCUCCCAGAGGCAAGCGAGACCAAGGCGUGGGCCCAUGAUGAUCGGUUUGAAUCGGCCAACGCCAGACGACGUGACAUGAAGAAGGACAGAUUCCAGCUUGUUUUGGAGCAGUUUGAUGCGAAAUAUGAAGACCUCAAGGACCUUACUUGGAGAUUGAGAGCUGCCUUGUUUAGACCGGAUGAAAAUGAUGAACUUCAGAUAGGGACAGACGUGACGGAAGAGGGGAUUAAUACGCUAUACGAUACUAUGAUUGGAGCUUUUGAGCAAGAGAUGGCCAAGUGGCAGAACUAG